UUCUUCAAUCUUCCAAUGGAGGAGAAGAAGAAAUUUUGGCAGACAGUAGAUGACGUAGAAGGUUUUGGUCAAGCAUUUGUGUUCAGCGAGGAGCAAAAGCUUGAUUGGGCAGAUAUGUUCUAUAUCAUCACUCAUCCUCCUUCUAUGAGAAAGCCCCACCUCUUCCCCAAUCUUCCUCUCCCAUUCAAGGGUGACUUAGAGGCUUAUAGUGUAGAAAUGAGAAAGCUAUCAUUGAAGAUACUUGAUGCAAUGGUGGAAGCACUAGGGAUGGAGGAAAAUGAAAUGAGAGAUCUAUUUGAAGAAGGUUGGCAAUCAAUGAGGAUGAACUAUUAUCCAUCGUGUCCUCAACCAGAGCUUGUGAAUGGUUUGAGUCCUCAUUCAAAUUCAAUAGGCCUCACUAUUCUCCUUCAGGUCAAUCAAGUCAACCAAUGCCUUCAAAUGAAAAAGGAUGACAAUUGGUUUCCAGUCACUUUCCUCCCUAAUGCUUUUGUGGUCGACAUUGGUGAUAUGUUGGAGGUUGUGACGACUGGAAUAUACAAGAGCAUAGAACAUAAAGCAACAGUGACCUCAGAGAAAGAAAGGAUCUCUAUAGCCACAUUCUAUAGCCCUAAGUUACUUGGAGAUUUGGGUCCAGCACCAAGCCUAAUAAAUCGAGAAAGGCCAGCUUUAUUCAAAACAAUUGGUGUUGCUGAAUUUUUUAGAGGUUUUCUCUCUCAAAAGCUCAUUGAAAAAUCUUAUCUUGAUACCAUAAGGAUCCAAAAUGAUUAA